CAUACAUCCAGUUUCUCUUCCUUCCGGCCGGGUCCUCUCAAAUUAGCUUUCUAGCUGGGCUGUGUAUGUCAGUAGCUGGAGGGGCUACUUUCAGGUUUUUUUUGGGGGGGGGUUUUAGUAUACAUUAUUUUUUUAUAUAUAUAGUUUUUUAAUUGGUGAAAGAAUAUCAGAAGUGCGGAGGAAGUGCUGCAGCAUUCCCAUCAGGCUGGUGGCUCAGUGCUGCCCCUCAGCUGUAUAUGUACAGUCACAGUCCUGCAGACUCUGCUUUAUCCCGGAGACGUGUGGCCCUGUGUCUCUGGAGGUGAUCACGCGUGGAUGUGGUGCAGAAAGGCCAAGAGUGAUCAAGAAGGUUGAUGUCCAUUUCCUUCCUACUACUGAGCUUCUUGUUUGUUGAUUUAAGUAUGGCACAACUCCAACCAGGAGGAGGUCCGGAUGAAAAGGAAAAGACAACAGCAUUAAAAGAUCUACUUUCAAGAAUAGACUUGGAUGAACUGAUGAAAAAAGAUGAGCCACCUCUAGAAUUCCCGGACACCUUGGAGGGAUUUGAAUAUGCCUUUAAUGAAAAUGGUCAGCUGAGACAUAUUAAGACUGGAGAACCAUUUGUCUUUAACUAUCGAGAAGAUUUGCAUAGAUGGAACCAGAAGCGUUACGAGGCUCUUGGAGAGAUCAUAACAAAGCACAUUUAUGAAUUAUUGGAAAAAGACUGUGAUCUACAGAAAGUGUAUUUACCGAUAGAUGCCACUGAAUCUGAACCGAAGAGUUUUAUUUUUAUGAGCAAGGAUGCACUGACAAAUGCAGAUAAAAUGCUGGUGUUAAUCCAUGGCAGUGGAGUGGUCCGUGCAGGACAGUGGGCAAGAAGACUUAUAAUAAAUGAGGACCUAAACAGCGGAACACAAAUACCUUACAUCAAGAAAGCAAUGGAAGAGGGCUAUGCAGUAAUUGUGCUCAAUCCAAACGAAAACUACAUAGAAGUGGAGAAAAGCAAACCCCUGGCACAGCAACAGUCUCCAGACAGCACUGAUGAGCCUGCAGAGAAGAGGGAGCGGAAAGAAAGGAUCCUAAAAGAUAACAAGAAGAGGAGAGACUUUUAUGAGAAAUACAGAAACCCCCAAAAAGAAAAGGAGACUAUGCAAUUGUAUAUAAGAGAGAAUGGCAGCCCUGAGGAGCAUGCAUUAUAUGUAUGGGACAACUUCAUUUCUAAAGCACCUGCUGAAAAUGUGUUUUUUGUUGCACACAGCUACGGGGGACUCGCUUUUGUGGAGCUGAUGAUUCAGCGUGAAGCUGAUGUGAAAAGUAAGGUCACCGCUGUAGCACUGACAGAUUCCGUUCACAAUGUGUGGCAUCAGGAUGCCAAUAAAACGAUUCGAGAGUGGAUGCGCGAGAAUUGUUGUAAUUGGGUAUCCAGCAGUGAACCAUUAGACACUUCGGUGGAAUCAAUGCUGCCAGACUGCCCCCGCGUUUCUGCAGGCACCGAGCGCCAUGAGCUGACCUCCUGGAAGAGCUUCCCCUCCAUCUUCAAGUUCUUCUCUGACGCCCUGGAAGCCAAGAAAACAAAAACCCCGACAAUACAUACCAGGCGCUCCAACAGAAUAAAGAAUGAAGAAUUGUAAAACAAAAGAAAAUAGUAGCAGAGAGGGGGUGAUCACAAAGAUCCUCCCGUCCUCCCCCCACAACUGGUCUCUCCGGUCUCUCAGCCCCUCAUUAGAUUGUUUUCUUCCUAGAGCACAGGGUCAUGAUGUAUACAUUUAAAUAGCGUUUUGCAUUAUUUCUAGAUGAGUGCAACUGUCAAAGCAAUAUGGGUUCACUGGUUGUGCUUCCUGUGGUCUGCUGCUUGCAUUCUGUGCUGCCCAUCAGAGCACAGAUUAAGGCUGACAGCAGCGCUGCACAGUACAGCAUGGUGCAAGUCUAAUUGCCCUGACAUCGCCCUACACUGUGAGUGGAUGCCAUAGCUUGUCUGCUUCUCCGAUGCCCUGGGCCUGCUCACUCUUUACCUCUACUGCCUACUCUGCUUAACUCCUACUGUGCUAGGUGGGGGCUCAAUGCCUUCACACUGUGGAAGAAAAACAUUGUAUCAUACGUGUGCUCCUCUCAUUUUAUGUCAACCAAACCGGGUUUGUUUUUAAUCGUUCAUAUAAUGGUUAACUCCUCCUGUUCUGAAAGGAAACCGCAGAGGCCCCAUACAACAUUUUGUGUCAUUCACACGUGUAGAAGUUUCUAUGACAACAGGUAAAACUCCUUUCAGCGAGAUAACUUUUUACAUGAUGCCAUUUGAAAACCGUAAAACUUAGUCUUGUUCAUUGUCGAAACCUGGUAAAUCCGCUCAUGGCUUCCAACGAUCACAUACCAUGCUGUCGUCAUAUAUGGUAAUGGAGUCCUAAGUGGUCACCAUGGCCUAGGUGUGACUGCAAUGUGUGCACACUUUGUAGUUAUGACUUAACCCUUAGUAUACCUUGAGUGCCCUAAUACAGCGAUGCAGUCCUGUCUGGUAGCUGAAUUACCUAUCUGUACAUUGGGGCGUAGGGAUUUCCUUUAUGCUGUUAUUUAGAAGUCUGCGUCUAGUCUACUGACAUGUUGGGAUACUGUGAAUUGCACAGGGGCAAUGUGAUCACACAGUGUGGGGUACAAGAAACACUUGAGAAGUAUCCUUCAUAUGUUAAAACCCAGCCGGGUAGUAACUCACGAUUACGAUGCUCGUUUCUGGCUUAUUCAGUUGCUUUUUAUUUAGGAAACUUCAUCAUAGAUCUUCUUACAAAGUGGAGCUUAG